AUGGACUGGGAGUCUAACCACGAGUUUGGCGACGAGGGCUGCAAGUACGCUUUGCUGAUUCCGAUGAUCGGAGAUCAACUGACCGGAUUCGCUGGCCCGGUGGUCGAACAAGGGACUUGUACCAUCAAGGUAGGCAUGAUGGGUUUGAAAGAGGGCUGGGUGGUCGCGGUGGCCGGGGUCGAGGCCGAGGGGGGCAUGGCAGAGGGCUCUUGCCAUAUGUACAACCACUCAGACGCCAGCUUUGAUGCUGCUGCUUCCGAGAUACGACAGCUAUGGACAAUGCAAGAGGAGCAGCGCUUCUUGCCUCGACCUGUCGCCUGCCUCGCCCUCGUCGAGAAAAUUGAGCUGGUCGAGGAGCACGCAGGGAUUACAUACGUGCGCAAGAACGGGCAGUUAAUUGAUGAUUAG